UACUGAAUCACUCCAGGAUGCUUUUGCAGAAGUCUUUGCGCUAUCAUACCACGGCGCAUUCCUGAAAAGGGAAUUCAUAGAAUGUCACUGAAAGAGGGACGUUCUCCCGAAGGGCAUGUCACAGUUGUCUGCAUCCCUAAAUCCCGUGGAAUUUUAACUGAACAAGAAAGGACGCACAUCAAGUUAGCAUCUUAAAGAAGAGGAAAAGAGGAAAUAGAAAAAGAUGCAGGGGGAUCUAGGGUCCCAGCGGAGUUUCAGUGUGUUGGACCGACUCCUCCACACACACCCCGUCUGGCUGCAGCUGUCCAUCAAUGCUGACUCCGCCCUCUAUAUCCUGCUCAGAGAACCUGUCGGGACAUUCCUGGUGCGUAAGUGCAGCUCCAGCCAGAGGAAGUUGUUGUGUGUCCGAGUGACCGCAGACCGAGCAGCAUCCUCCAUUAAGGAGUGUCUCAUAUGUGAGGAAGACUCCACCUUCGCCUUGGAGAGCUCCGCCCUCAGCUUCCCAGACCUCUGCCGAUUGGUGGCCUUCUACUGCAUCAGCAGGGAUGUGCUGCCUUUUCCGCUGGAGCUCCCAGAAGCCAUUGCUCAGGCCUCCACCCACAGGAAGCUGGAGGCCAUCUCCCAUAUGGGAUUAGAGUUCUGGAGUUCACUCUCUGACACCCAGAAUGGACCUGGGACCCUACAGGCUCCACCCACCAUCAAGGCUUCACCCAUUACCACUAAGUCUCCGCCCACCAGUGCCAUGCAGGUCAAGGCGGGUCUGUCCCAGGACCUGUGUUACCUGCUGUCCCGCGGCAGACAGGAGUCUCUCUGCUUCAUUAACCCUCUCUUUCUCCAGCUUGAGCAGCAACAGCCGAUCCCGGGGGCGUCCCACAAACGCCACCGCUUCAAACGCAGCAUGAGGGUCCGUGUCUCUACAGAGAGCUCCAUGACUCUGUCUGGUUGUGGAGGUGGUGGAGAGGGGGCUGGGUCAUUCCCCUUGCCCCCACCGGAGAACCCCAAGGACCAGGAGAGGCUCCAGCCCACACCCCUCCAGCCCAGUCCCAACCCGCACAGGAAGGUCCAUCCUGGGYCUGGCGUCCUGAGGAAAACCCCUGCACUGUCCCCCAUGUCGGCCGAGGAUGAGGAUCUCGUGCCUGUACCGCCAGCGGCCCCAACAGAUCCUCCAGUGGGGGAGGUAGAGGAGGACCCAUCUGCUCCAGAGGAGCCCAGCAUCGAGGAGGCGUGCUUGGCCUUGGAGGGCCACCCGGCCCCCUCUCUGGCCCAACUGGACAGCAGCAGCUCUUUCAGCAGUCUGGAGGAAGAGGACCCAGAAGCAGAAGCAGAGGACCAGUUCUUCAAACAACCAAACCCCAACCCUCAGCGCCGCCCGCCCCUGGUGCGCUCACGGGGGGGUCACGGAGGCCUGGAGAGGAUGAGCGCGGCGUUUGUGUGUUUCUUUGCUCCAGAGAAGAGGCUCGCCAGGCUGGUGGAGGAGCUGUCCAGGGAACGGAGGUCUGCGUUUGGUUCCUUGGUCCAGGAGUUCCUCCAGAAGCAGAAAGAGGAGCUGAGAGGGGUCUUGACCCAGGCUGCCUCUUCAUCAUCGUCUUCCUCGCCGAAGUCCUCCUUGGCGGUGCUCCAGGAGCUGCGGUGCUUCUUGUCCCAGGCCAAGAGCUUCCUGCUGGACAGCGGAGAACUGUCGCCCCCCCUAGAGACCCUGGUGCCUGACAACGAGAAAGACAUAGCCCUGGAGAAGGCCAUGUUCGGUUGUGUGCUGAAACCUCUGAGGGUGCUGCUAGACCAGGCCCUCCUCUCCCUCCACAGACAGGACGGCUCCACCCAGCACCUGGCCUCUAGUCUCCUGGCCUGCCAAGAGGGGGCGAUGGAGCGCCUCGUAGUGCUGGUGGGCGUGCCCGACACCCGCGGAGUGGAGAGGGUGAYGCAGAAGCUGGGCCUCAUGCAGCGCACCCACUCACCCAUAGACAAGGUGCUGCUGCUGCUGCAGGUCUGCAAGUCGGUCCAGAAGGCCAUGGGGGCCCUCCACGACGGUGGACAGGAAGUGAGCUCUGAGGACUUCCUGCCGGCGCUGUCCUAUGUUAUAGUGAUGUGUAACACGCCUCAGAUCCUACUAGAGGUGGAGUACAUGAUGGAACUACUAGAGCCCUCCUGGCUCACUGGGGAGGGUGGCUACUACCUGAGCAGUAUCUAUGCCAGCCUCUGUCUGAUCCAGAGCCCUGAAGCGAAGGGGGACCGGGUCCCCCCAGGAGGACUGACCCGCGAGGCCCUGGACGGACUGAGGGAGUGGGGCCACAGACGCAGCCUGGAAGCCAAGAGCAACCGUGAGAGACAACAGAACCAGAGGUGUGUUCGGGUACUGUUCCAGGACGGCGAGCGCAGCGCUGUGCGGACGCUGCAGUGGAGAGCCGGGGAGAGCAGCGAGGCCCUAGCCCAGCUCUGUGCCUCCACAUUCGGUGUCUCCGAGCCCCAGGACUACACCCUCUACUGGAGGUCCGGGGGGGAGAUGAGGACCCUUCCCCCCCAGACACAGCCUCAGGACCUGGCCAGCCACAGUGAGGGAGGCCCCUCUCUCUCCUACCUUCGCACGGACCAUGACUUCAGCAAGAUGCGGCGCCUGACCAGAGGGGGAGCUGUGGACCUGGGGGAGUCCGUGUGUGAGGAGUGAAGGAGGGAGGGCGAAGGAAGGAGGGAGGGCGAAGGAAGGAGGGAGGAAGAGGAGUUGGAAGAGUUCUUCUCGGAUCUCAGCGUUUUUCGAUUGGUUGAUUGAUUAAAAAAGCUGUGUUGUGUCUUGGACGUGUUGUCAUAACUACAGCUCUCACUAAAGACUAAAGGGCAAGUCUCAAUUGGCACCCUAUUCCAUAGUGGAGGUUUAAAAGUAGUGCACUGCACUGUAUGGGCUCUGGUAAAUAGGGUGUCACUUGAGACUCAGCCUUAGAGGAAGGGCAGGUUGSUUGUCUAUUAUUCACAUCACUUCUGUCAAUCUGCUGCUCCUUGGUUGGAACCAUAGAAUUAGAAUGAAUUCUAUAAAUUAUAUUUCUAUGUUCAGAACCCUGUUGUUAAGGGUUGGGGGGGUGGCCUAAAACACUAGCUACCGGUAUGUCCUUGCUACUGUAAUGUAAGAGCGACAGAAAUAUUUUUUGUAAGACCGAACCUCAAUACCAAAGUUAAGAAAGUAAAGUCAUACACAUAGGAAUGUGUGCAGCUCCGAGGACAAUCUUUGCUUUAACGUAAGAUGGACCUGGUUCUUUUGACUUAUUUACAGUGUUACAGAUAAAGAAGGAGUGAAUAAGAGCCAAUACAGGCAAACGCCAUGAAGCCAUUUUGGAUUGUGAGUCCGAGGUACUGUUGAUGUUGGCUCUGCCAUCUCCAGUCACUUACUGUUGACAGGAUUUGGGUAAAACCAUUUUUAACUUUACAAAUAGAAAACCAGUUUGAGGAAUUUUGUUGAAAGGCACAAUAUUUCCUUGUUUUAAGAUUUUUGCCAACUGAAUCUCUUUAUGAUAAAAAAGGACACAUUUGUCAAAAUAUUUGCUUUUUUUCUGUUUUACUUUUACUGUUUCCAUUAAACUGCUUUAAUAUUCCAUGACAAAAGUAGCUUCUGAGAGAAAAGACAAUCUACGUGACAAUGGCCAAUAAAACUGGGACCAUGUUAUGCCUAAUGGCGAUUAGUUGAAUGUAAAGUCACCUAAGUGGCCAUGGCGACGACUCCUGCUGCAGAUCAUCUUUGCCAACUGACUGUUCAACUUAAUGUUAACACUUAUAAUAAUGUAUUAUUACAAUAAUGAAUUGUUAAAAAAAAAAAGUGGAAUAGUUGUAUUGAAAAUGAAUCACAGAUUUCUAAAAAGGAAAGUGAAAUAUUUACCUUUAUGAAAGCUUUUACUGAAGGAGGGUUCAUUUAAAGACGAACAAGGACACCUUGAGGACUAUUGCAUGCUCUUUUAAUUGAAUGUAACGAUUUUGGUGGUUUCGUAUGUGAUGCAUGUGUUGACUGUGUUGAAAAAGGCAACAUAAUGUCAUUCACUAUUUCAUUGGCUGUAUAACACAUUGCUGUAUUUUGUCCAGUGAUACAAAAUCGCAAUAAAAUUGCAUUAUCUGCUCAUAGUGCUACUACAUGA